AAUUCUAAUUUUUUCAGUUUCACAUAAACUUGAUUUUUAACCGCCUUGCAAAUUUAAUCAUGCGAGCGCAAAGCGCGAGCCGAAAUUUUGUCUAUAUAGUGCUUGAAGACAAGGGCUUUAAGCACUUUUUUGUUGUAAUUCUUUUUUUUUUUUAAUUCCUCAUGAACAUGAUCAUAACAUCCCUAAAAAGCAAGUCAUGCGAAGCGCGAGAGGAAAUUUUCGAAAGUGACCUGAAGCUAUGAAUUAGUUUGAGCGGUUUUUAAAUUCCUCAUGAACAUGAUAUAACUUAUUUUUUUUUUAAAUCAUGCGAGCGCUGAGCGCCUGUAUACGUAUAUUGUAUAUACACCGGGGGUACGUGCUGAGAUUUAUAUUAAUACAUUAUAACAUACAAACAAAUUUCCAGGGCCAUGAGAAGGCAUUAAUUUUGACUGCGCACAGUUGAGAUCCAUCUAUUUUUUUGUUAACCUUUAUGUAAAUGAAAUAACUUUGGUACCGAUUCAAUGAUGGCGGUCUCCUGCGUUUUUUUGUAAUUUAUCCUCUUUUUUUUUUCUUUUUCAUUGAAAAAUAUUUGUGUUUGUAUGCAUCUUAUUUAAUGUACUGAAAACUUUAUAAUCAUGUAUAAUGAAGAAAUAAUAGUUGAUUUAUGUAUCUGAUUAUUUACUAUUUUGAAAAUGCAGAAAUAAAAAAAUUAAAAAAAAAAAAGAGAAAAGAAUGUGGAUGACAGCAUGCAUGCAAUUGGUGCCUCUGAAAAUUCUUGUCUACAGACUAUAGCUUGGCUCUAUGCUCACACGCAUUCUAGACCCUGGUCCGAAUUUUAUGGCAUUUUAUGGCAAUCAUACCCAGUGAGGCCAUGAUCUGAAGAGCACCCCCCCCCAACCCCAAAGCAGUUACAUGAAGCUCAAAAUAGCCCACUACUAUACAGUGUACAGUUAUCAUGGUUAAGUCAUCUUUCAGCAUGAACAUUAUAUAUUUAUAUAUGCUCUUAUCAGUAUGAUUCAUUCAUCUUAUGACAGGUGUGCAGAUAUAAGCCCAGUAUCAUAGUAAGCCGGAGAGCCAAAGAUCUUUUCAGCAAACUGAAGUCACGUGUAGUGUGCCAGGUGCAUCAUUCGGAAGGCAAGUUUUUUUGUUUUGUUUUUUUAAAAUAUAGCCCUAUAUAUAUAUAUAUAUUUCUAGUCAAUUUGGAAUUCACAUAUAGACAGUAAGAAUGCAAUAGAAAUCAUUGUCUCAUAUGAAAUGUCCCCUAACAGUCAUCCAACAAGACAUAAAGAACUUCAGGGUUGUAAAAGAAAUUGUUAAUCUGCAUGGCAGUGCAAAGAGUUGCAUUUGCCAGUUUAUCUUAAAAUAUAAAUAAGAUUUUUUUUCCAGUUUUGCCUGUGCAUGUGUGAAUGAGCCUUUAAGCGGGUCUUGGAAGCUCAGUGGUUUAAAUGAUUAUGAUGUAAUCUGACCCUUAUAUUGAGAGUUUCAUGACCAAUACCUCAGGGGCCGUGAAACUUGUUUGUUUUGUUGAUUUUUUUUUAAUGUUAUCUUGCAAGGGAGCGCAGCGACCGAGCGAAAUUUGUUGCAUAUUGCAUUUUGGAACUUUGCAUUUUGUUUGAUCUAGUACACAGCAUGUAUGUAAAAUUUGGGGUCAUUUUUAAACAUUGAGAAUUUUUCCCUGGAAAGGCUUUUUUUUGUGGCUUUUUUUCUGGCUGCAGUCCUAGCUGUAUAUGUAAUUCUUGAGGAUCCAAAUGCAAGGGGCGGGCCAAAGCGAGCCAGGUUAGGCACAAGCCGGGCAUGCACGCUCCAGUCAGAGCAGCAAAUGUUAUUCGAGCAGGGGGUCUUGGAUGAUGAAUGAGCUUAUGAUUUUAUCAUUUUUCUUUAUACUUUAAAGGAUUAAGUCCAUCUCUUUCCUCUUAUUUGUGUCUUUUAUUUCCUCUUACCUUGUCUGUUUUUCCUUGCUCCGGCUUUCUCUCUUGCUUUUCCUCUUUCCCCUCUCCCUCUCUCUUUUGUUGCUCGGUAUCGUAUCCCUGGAUACACAAUAAAAAUCUAUUUUCUUUUUAUUUUCUUUAUUUCGUUUUUGUUUAUAAGAUCUCCAAAACAAAAGUGUUUAAGAAGCUGAUUUUUGGUGUGUGGAAAGUACUUAUACUUUCAUAUUGCUUUGGGAAAAUGAUAAACCAAUUCUAUUUUUUACAUACAUGUACCAAAACUGUGGUAUACCUUUAAGUCAUGGGUGAGUUGAAGACUGUGCUAUGCCAGAUGACCCAGGUGAUGACAUCCUGAACUCUCUCCAGUCUAUCUAUUUAUCAUAACCAGCACAUUCGAGGAUGAUUUUUAGAAAAUCUAAAUCCCAGAUUUAAAAAAAGAAAGCCAAAUAUCACAAGGGUUAUGACUUGAAAAUGUAAAAUCCUUUCAAAAUUUUUCAUACACAUUGUAUUAAAUGCAGAAUGCAGAAUAUUUAUCUUCAGAGUCACAACUCUCUAUUAAAUCAAGAGCAUGUUUACCCCUGUGUAAAGUUGGUUGCCAUUGCAUUUACAGAUUGUCUAUUUGUAAUGUGAUUGGCUAUUAAAAAACAAUAUUUUUAUUCAUGUUGAGGUGUAAUAAACUUUUCAUUAUACAUUAUUUAAUUAGAUAUGUGGUUGAAGAUAGUUUUGAAGAAGCGGUGCAGAUGACAACUCAGACACAAUGGUUAUUAGUUAAUGGAGGCGUUUGCAUUCAUAAACUUUCUCCGACAUAGACAGUGAUGAUGAUAAUAAACUCAUACUUGCCAUCCGAUUGCUCAUCAAACAGCAGUACCUGGACAAAUAAAGAUAGUCAAUUAAAAGACACAUGUCAAGGACUACCAGAACUUGUCACUUUCUCUCCUUUCCCACCUUCAUGUUUUCAGAUGAUUUCCAAUUACUAAUUUUCUCCCAUUAUUUUGUUUUUUAUUUGUAGGUGUGAUAUAUCCUCCCACCAGAAAUCGAUCUGAUGCUGAACAGAUACUCCCUGAAUCAGGACCACCUGCUGAUUUGAGUAGAUGUGUGAUCUAUCCUCCCACCGGUAAUCGAUCUGAUGCUGAACAGAUACCUUCUGAAUCAGGACCACCUGCUGAUUUGAGUAAAGGUGUGAUAAAUCCUCCCACCAGCAAUCGAUCUGAUGCUGAACAGAUACUCCCUGAUGAUGAACAGCCACUCCUAGAAGCAAGACCACCUGCUGAUUUGACUAAAGGUGUGAUAUGUCCUCUCAUCAGCAAUCGAUCUGAUGCUGAACAGAUAAUCCCUGAAUCAGGACCACCUGCUGAUUUGAGUAGAGGUGUGAUCUAUCCUCCCACCGGUAAUCGAUCUGAUGCUGAACAGAUACCUUCUGAAUCAGGACCACCUGCUGAUUUGAGUAAAGGUGUGAUAAAUCCUCCCACCGGCAAUCAAUUUGAUGAUGAACAGCCACCCCCUAAAGCAAAACCACCUGCUGGUUUGAGUAAAGGUGUGAUAUGUCGUCCCACCGGCAAUCAAUCUGAUGAUAAACAGCUACUCCCUGAAUCAAGACCACCAGCUGAUUUGAGAAAAGGUGUGAUAUAUCCUCCCAACAGCGAUCAAGCUGAUGAUGAACAGCCUCUCACUGAAGCAAGACCUCCUGCUGAUUUGAGUGAAGGUGUGAUUUAUCCUCCCACCAGUAAUCGAUCUGAUGCUGAACAGAUACUCCCUGAUGAUGAACAGCCACUCCUAGAAGCAAGACCACCUGCUGAUUUGACUAAAGGUGUGAUAUGUCGUCCCACCGGCAAUCAAUUUGAUGAUAAACAGCUACUCCCUGAAUCAAGACCACCAGCUGAUUUGAGAAAAGGUGUGAUAUAUCCUCCCAACAGCGAUCAAGCUGAUGAUGAACAGCCUCUCACUGAAGCAAGACCUCCUGCUGAUUUGAGUGAAGGUGUGAUUUAUCCUCCCACCAGUAAUCGAUCUGAUGCUGAACAGAUACUCCCUGAUGAUGAACAGCCACUCCUAGAAGCAAGACCACCUGCUGAUUUGACUAAAGGUGUGAUAUGUCGUCCCACCGGCAAUCAAUUUGAUGAUAAACAGCUACUCCCUGAAUCAAGACCACCAGCUGAUUUGAGAAAAGGUGUAAUAUAUCCUCCCAACAGCGAUCAAGCUGAUGAUGAACAGCCACUGCCUGAAGCAAGACCACCUGCUGAUUUGAGAAAAGAUGUGAUAUAUCCUCCCACCGGUAAUCGACCUACACGUAAUGAUGAACAGCCACUUCCUGAAGCAAGACCACCAGCUGAUUUGAGUGAAGGUGUGAUUUAUCCUCCCACCAGUAAUAGAUCUGAUGCUGAACAGAUACUCCCUGAUGAUGAACAGCCACUCCUAGAAGCAAGACCACCUGCUGAAUUGAUUAAAGGUGUGAUAUCUCCUCCCACCAGAAAUCGAUCUGAUGCUGAACAGAUACUCCCUGAAUCAGAACCACCUGCUGAUUUGAGUAAACGUGUGAUAUAUCCUCCCAACAGCGAUCAAGCUGAUGAUGAACAGCCACUGCCUGAAGCAAGACCACCUGCUGAUUUGAGAAAAGAUGUGAUAUAUCCUCCCACCGGUAAUCGACCUACACGUAAUGAUGAACAGCCACUUCCUGAAGCAAGACCACCAGCUGAUUUGAGUGAAGGUGUGAUUUAUCCUCCCACCAGUAAUCGAUCUGAUGCUGAACAGAUACUCCCUGAUGAUGAACAGCCACUCCUAGAAGCAAGACCACCUGCUGAAUUGAUUAAAGGUGUGAUAUCUCCUCCCACCAGAAAUCGAUCUGAUGCUGAACAGAUACUCCCUGAAUCAGAACCACCUGCUGAUUUGAGUAAACGUGUGAUAAAUCCUCCCACCAGCAAUCGAUCUGAUGCUGAACAGAUACUCCCUGAUGAUGAACAGCCACUCCUAGAAGCAAGACCACCUGCUGAUUUGACUAAAGGUGUGAUAUGUCCUCUCAUCAGCAAUCGAUCUGAUGCUGAACAGAUAAUCCCUGAAUCAGGACCACCUGCUGAUUUGAGUAGAGGUGUGAUCUAUCCUCCCACCGGUAAUCGAUCUGAUGUUGAACAGAUAUUCCUUGAAUCAGGACCACCUGCUGAUUUGAGUAAAGGUGUGAUAAAUCCUCCCACCGGCAAUCAAUUUGAUGAUGAACAGCCACUCCCUAAAGCAAGACCACCUGCUGGUUUGAGUAAAGGUGUGAUAUGUCGUCCCACCGGCAAUCAAUCUGAUGAUGAACAGCUUCUCCCUGAAGCAAGACCACCAGCUGAUUUGAGAAAAGGUGUGAUAUAUCCUCCCACCAGUAAUCGAUCUGAUGAACAGGCACUUCCUCAGACAAGACCACCAGCUGAUUUGAGAAAAGGUGUGAUAUAUCCUCCCACCUGCAAUCAAUCUGAUGAUGAUGAACAGCCUCUCACUGAAGCAAGACCUCCUGCUGAUUUGAGAAAAGGUGUGAUAUAUCCUCCCACCAGCACUCGAGCUGAUGAUGAACAGCCACUUCCUGAAGCAAGGCCCUCUGCUGAUUUGAGAAAAGGUGUGAUAUAUCUCCUCGCUGAAUCGCAACCAUUGGGACAACCCACUGCAUCGUUAUCUUUGAUUACAGAUGUUGUUGUAGAUAGCUUCGAAGAAGACGGUAGUGAUGACGACUCAGACACAAUGGUUGUUGUUAAAAGGAGGCGUUUGCAUUCACAAACUUUCUCUGACAUAGACAGUGAUGAUGAUCCCUCAUACGUGCCGUCUGAUUGCUCACCAAACAGGAGUGAUAGUGAUACUUUUCCUGUACCCGAUGAAAUGGAGACGGGCAAUGAAGAGCCCCAUGUCAAGACACAAGUCACAUCUUCAAAAUCAGCACAAUGCUCUGAAGAAAAAGAAAGGAAACAGCCAUAUAAGAAGCCCUAUCGCUUUUGCAUGUACUGCAAGAAACAUAUGUCAAAACUCUCAGAUCACUUAAAAAAUAAACACCGCAAUGAAGAAAGAAUACAAUAUGCACUCGGUUUACCUACAAAGGAGCGAAUUGAAGAAUUUGAUAGAAUCAGAAAAGAAGGGACCUUUGAAGUUAACAAAAUCAGAGCAAAAGAUGACAAUCCACAAUUUCAGAGAGAAAGGUCAAGCGCAUCCAAUUCUGUUGUAAUAUGUAGCAACUGUUCAGGGGCUUACUCUGCUCCAUACAUGAGAAGGCAUAAGCAUCAUUGUGAAUACAAGUCUGAUUCCUCCAAGCCUUCAAUGCACAUUCCAGCAUCAUUUCUUUCAGUUAUGAAUGAUACAGAUUCGUCAUUUAUUUCUGAAAUUCUCAGCAAGUUCAGAAAAGAUGAAGUUGGCCAACUCUGUCAAGGCGAUCCCAUACUUCGGGAAAUAGGAAAGAGGCUGUGGUUAAAGCAGAACAAGAAGCCUGACAAAAAAACUGAAGUACGGAAGUCGGUCAUGACUGACAUGCGAAGACUUGCCAGACUUUACCUAACCCUGAUCUCAGUGCAGGAUAAUCUUGGGCCUCUUCUUGUAAAGGCAGGAAAUGUAUCUGACCUGAUGCAACGCUCCAACUUCCAGCACCUAGAAGUAGCAGUGCAGCAGUACACUGAGAGGAGAGAAGAAGGUGAAGGCUUGGGUGUCAAAGCAGGUUUGAAGUUAGGAGUAUUCUACCUCCUGAAAUCGAGCAGCAAAAUACUGAAAGCAAUGUACUUGAUGGAUGAUAAGGACAAUGAAGCAGAUCAAAUUGACAGAUUUACUGCUGUUCUUGAUCUUCAACACAAUCAAAUAUUUGGCGAUGCUACAUAUCAUCUAAACAAAAGGAGGGAAGAAAAGUUACGAAGACCAAGUGGGCAGCCAUUGGAAGCUGACAUUAAGGCAGUUAGAGAUUACACAACCUCAAGAAUCACAGAGCUACUUGAAGAUACCCUGGCAUUCUGGGAUAGGCAUCGUUUUGUUGAAUUGAGAGACUGCCUCGUAUCACGACUCACAUUGUUCAAUGCCCGGAGAGGGGGAGAGCCUAGCCGUUUAUAUAUCAAGUGCUGGCAAGACGCAAAGGAAGGAGCAUGGCUGGACAAGCAACAGCUGGCCACAUUAGACUCCAUAGACAAAGCCCUUGUCGAGGAUUUAAAGGUUGGGUACCAGUUGGGAAAGGGAAAGCAUUUAAUCCCUGUGCUUUUUCCCACAGACACCCAUGAGGCAUUGGACAAGUUGAUUAACAAAGAAAUUCGAUCGUGUGCAGGAAUAGGAAACGACAACAACUACCUAUUCCCAACAACCAGUGGUGCCAAUUCCCAUGUAUCCGGAUGGCAUGCCUUGGACAACAUAUGUGAGUGUGUGACCCUCGAUGAUAAGCAGUCAAUCACAGCAACUAAAAAUAGACACCGUGUGAGUGUACUCUUUGCACUUUCACAUAUUCCAGAAAGAGAGAGGUCUUUCAUCUUUAAACAUCUAGGACACUCACAGGAAACAAACGAAAAUAUCUAUCAGGCACCCCUGGCACUCAAAGAAGUUACAGUUGUUGGGAGGCAACUCCAAAUGAUGGAUAAAGGAGAUAUAAUGGAUCCUGCGACCAGCAGUGAACAAGUGAAGCCUCAAGUGAAGCCUCAAGUGAAGCCUCAAGUGAAGCCUCAAGUGAAGCCAUCAGGUCGUAACUAUACACAAUGGCGGAAAUCUGAUGAAAAGGAGCUGUUGGCACAUUUCAAAGAAUAUAUCAAUGGAGAAGCAACAAAGAAGCUUCCGGGAAGGAAGGAAAUCUUUAUAUUCCUGAAAGCACACCCAUCGUUUCCUCACCCUUGGCAGACAGUGCGCACAAAAAUGAUGAAUGUAGUGUACAACAAAAACAAAAGAUUCCCUAAAGUAGUGUAACGGGCCAAAACAGGAAUUUUCAUUUCAUUUUUAUGCCUCCGCCCACUGAUCAUCGUGCAUGAGUUUCCGGGUCACAUGAUUAAGAUCAAAGUUCAUUUAGGGUCAAUGAACUUAGACAUGGUUAAAGGAGAAUGAAACUCUUGGAGCAAGUUAGCUUUUGUGAAAGCAGAAAAAUCAAAGAAUAAGAUCAACAAAAGUUUGAGUAAAAUAGGACUAGCAAUAGAAGAGUUAUGAGCACUUGAAUGUCGAGAUCACUAAUGCUAUGGAGAGCCUCCCAUUGGCAAUGCGACCAAGAUCUAUGAUGUCACACUCAGAUGAACAACUCUCCCCUUUUGGACACUGAAAAUAUACCCCAAAACAUCUCCUUUUGCUCAUUCUAAUCAUAUGACAAACGAUUCAUCAAUGAUAUAAUGUUGUGAAAC